AGUGUGUUAUUGUUGUUGUUAGGUUCCAGAGGCGCGUCUGCGUCAAAGUAGGAAUAAAACUUCACUUGUCACACAAAAUGUAUUCCAAAACAAAGCGGACCCGUGAAGGUGUAUGAAAGUCCAAAGAAGAGACUUACCCCGCCAAAACAGAGUGGAGUGAGCGAGCUUCUGCGGGGGAAAGGGGUACUUGGCCUAAAAAGAAUAUUGCACACGGCGUGCUGGACUUAAGUGGACCAGACCUUGGCUCUGUGCAACAUUCCCUGAUGACACGCCUGCGAGGACAUGGAAUAUGAAGACUCUCGCUGAACAGGAAGUUGUUAUGUAAUGGUCUUGAAUGGCAGUCCGUUGCUAAGGAACUGUUCUGACCUCCCUGUGUGUCACGACCUUGGAUGGCAGCUUUGGCCACAAGACCUCAAGAUGCAGCAGACGACAGCAAUAUGCCUGUCACGGCGCAGGCUCCAACUCACUUUUCUUCGGCUGCUGGGUCUGCCAGCACCUCCGUUGGCAGCGCGCUGAGACACGCGCUGGCCACGUCACUGGCCACGUCACUGGACACGUCACUGGCCACGUCACUGGCCACGUCACUGGCCACGUCACUGGCCACAUCACUGGCCACGUCACAGGCCACGUCACUGGCCACGUCACUGGACACGUCACUGGCCACGUCACAGGCCACGUCACUGGCCACGUCACUGGACACGUCACUGGCCACGUCACUGGACACGUCACUGGACACGUCACUGGACACGUCACUGGACACGUCACUGGCCACGUCACUGGGCACGUCACUGGCCACGUCACUGGCCACGUCACAGGCCACGUCACUGGACACGUCACUGGCCACGUCACUGGCCACGUCACUGGCCACGUCACUGGCCACGUCACUGGACACGUCACUGGACACGUCACUGGCCACGUCACUGGCCACGUCACUGGCCACGUCACGCCCACAUGCCGACAAGGCUGUGGGCGGUCAGCAAUCUGCACCACGGGACUAAUGAGUGCAAGCGGUAUAAAAACCAGUGGACCCAAUGAUCCUGGCUGGAACUUAGUCGUCUGUACCUAUGCUUUCCCGAGUUCUCCUUGUUGUUCCCCUGUGGAUUCUGGACUGCUUCCCUUCAUCCUCGGCCUCUGCUUUGACACGGACCUCUGACGCCUCGCCAUUCUCCCUGACUAUCUCCGCCAGCUCACAGACUGCCUUCCUGCCUUGUUCCUUCUCCUCCUUCAACAUUUGGUAAAACACUGCAGCUAAUCACACACACACUUUUGAAUUAGUCACAUGCCAUUCUCCAGUUUAUUUAUAGUAUUAUUGUUGAUUAUUAUAUAUAUGGUAAAUGGGUUAUACUUG